GGUUCUCCCACCCGACCUCGCUUCGCUGCUUCGGGUCACAGCCGACCUCCCGGGUAGUCGGAACCAACGAGACGGCGAGACGUGACCACACCGGGCAGGACAUGGACAGCUGUGAGGGACCCAUGUUCAUUCCGCUUCCUCCGGGCCUUGCAGAGUUGAGUGCCUUGCGUGACACCAUCCAAUUUGACCACUUCGCGCCACCACCUGGGCUACCUCCACCGGAGUUUCCAGGAGUUGGAAUCCAUCCAGUUGGAGAGCUCCUCCGAUCGUGGGCGCGUGCAUCACCAGCGAUGGUGGACACUGAAGGCGCCAAAGACGUGUCACGGCACCCAGAAAGCGUCGGAACCAGGUGUUCCACCGAUGAGCCGCCCACUCCACAGGCACCCAUGCCACCGGGCCAGAAUCCGUUCGAAGAAGAUGAGGUGGAGGAGUUCUUCCAGUCGUGGUGCCCUGACUUUGAAAAAGCCGAGAUCGAAAAGGCGCUUGAGCCUGUGCUCAAAGACAUCUUGUGCCAGGACAAGCUGAAGGGGAAGGGCAAGGAGAAACCUGGAAGUCACAGCGUCCGCUGGUGGACGCGGCCCACAGCUCCUCUUCUGUGUCCGCUGUCGGGCUUUCCCACUUGCCUACUGCCUUAUCCACCGUUCAAGCUUCGCGUGGACCCCACCCGCUCGGCGCCACACCGCUUGGUCGAUGGGAAAUUCCUGGCCAUGACUUGUAUUGUCACUGGGCGCUUUUGGGCCUGUGGCCGUGAGCUCCAGUCAUCGGACAUCAGCGCCUUGGACGACUACAUCCAUCGUUGCAAGCUCGGGCCCUAUCGCCCCGGCCGUGCAGUGACCCUGACGCAGCAAACGACGACGGGCACCGCCCAGCAGCGUGAGACUGCCAAGCGGGAGCUGGAGCGGUUCAGGGCUGCGGCGCGUGCGGAGCUGGGAAAGGUGCGGAGGAUCCAGGAGAACAGACUCACGCAGAUUAAGCAGGCGUUGCCCAUGCACUUGCAAGCUGCCAUUUGCCUGGAAACACCGCCUGGCCCUGCGCGCAGGCGCUAGCAUGCCAGUACCAUUUCGACUCGUGCCAGUUUCUCAAGUGAUGGUGAGAUCGCCAACUGAACGGUGAACAGAAGGGCUUGAAGGGCUCAACUCUGGAGAUCUGGAGAUCGGAGUUGCAGAAGGUCUCAAUCAAUGACAUCCGGACUCUCCCAGUGGUGUUUUUCCUUUGUGAUCUAUGUUGGUCAGUGCGG